GUUUAUAAAACCUGCUGAGUGGAGCUGCUCGUGCCUGGUGUGUGUGUGUGUGUGACUCCGUGUGUGUGUGUGAGUGUGUGGCAGCUGACAGUUCCACCAUGGAGCGACUUCCACUGGUCGUAUUUGUUCUUUUGCUCUCAGCCGUCUGUGGAACAUCAGGGCAAUCCUGUGAGGACAACUGUGGAGGUAACCUGGGCUCCUGCUCCUGUCACACCACAUGUGGGUCUCUGGAGAACUGCUGUGAAGACUACAGAGAGUACUGUGUGGAGAUCUACCCCCACUCUGGGACUUACUUUGGGGGAACUGACAUCAAAAUCCUCAACGCGACUUUUAACACUUCUCAAAUCAUAUGCAGGUUCAACAAUAAUACUGACACUGUGGGCUACGUGGACAAAGACAGCAGAGGGCACUGUAUCUCCCCUCUGCUCUAUGAAACAGGCUGGAUCCCUUUGCUCAUCUCCUCAGACAACGGGACCAAGUUCAACAGAGUGGGGUCCUGGCUCUCAGUGCAUACCGGUAAAUUAGAUGCUCGAUUGAAGGCCGUUCUGCUCAACUCCACCAAAUGGCAGUACUACGGCACGCCAAAUGUCGGAGGAAGUCUUCACAUGCUGUGGAACACAUCAUUGGUCAAAGCAGAGAGGCUCAACAUAGAACUGUGGGGGUACAGAGAGAGCGGAGAAGCUUACACCGACCAAUGGUCUGCUCAGUGGAAGUAUCUGUACUCACUGGCCACUAAUUAUACCAACAACGGAACCUUCGUCUUUGUGCCCAAACCAUCAGAGAAGUUUUCCAGCUGGGAGCUUGGAGCUCUGCGAAUCAGCUCCAGCAUCCACCCCGAGGGCAGUAGGGACGUGGAAGCCGCCUGGUCGGAGGACCACGCUCUAGCUUGGCACCUGGAGGAAAGGUUCAGGCAGAACUCAAAGGUUUGGGCGGAGGAGAAAUGUUUAGCGUGGGACCAGCUGGAACUGAAGUUGCCCAACUUCCUGAGUGAGAUCACAGACUGUCCCUGCACCCUGGCCCAGGCCCGGGCGGAUACCGGACGCUUUCAUACAGACUACGGCUGCGACAUCGAGAAGGGGAGCGUGUGCACGUACCACCCCGGCAGUGUGCACUGUGUCAGGGCCAUCCAGGCCAGUCCUAAGUACGCCGCAGGACAACAGUGUUGUUACGACAGCACUGGAGCUCAGGUCCUGACCGCAGACUCCAUUGGAGGAAGUACCCCCGACCGAGCGCACGACUGGGGCUCGCCCCCCUACAAGAGGCCUCCUCGAAUCCCCGGACAGUCCCACUGGGUCUACGACGUCCUCAGCUUCUACUACUGCUGCCUCUGGUCCGACAACUGCAACUACUACUUCAAACACCGACCCUCCAGUGACUGCAGGCGCUACCAAUCCCCCAGUUCAGCCGUCGUGUUUGGAGACCCCCACUUCAUCACGUUCGAUGGUGUCAAAUACUCCUUCAACGGUAAAGGAGAAUACACGCUGGUGACCUCCGAGAAAAAACAUCUGACCAUUCAGGGAAGAACAGAACCUGUGAACGGAACCGCGGUCAACGCCACACAGCUGACCUCCGUGGCCAUGAGAGAAGCCUCCUCUGAUGUCAUCGAGGUGCGGCUGAUCAGCGACCACACUGGACUGGAAGUUCUGCAGAAUCAAAGGAUGCUGUCGUUCUCUGAGCAGAGCUGGAUGGAUCUGCACGGUGUUUUUGUGUUUUCUCCCAACUCCAAAAACGUGACCGUCAUGUUUCCCACCGGAGCCGGAGUGGAAGUGCGUCUGACCGAGGGAACCAUGACGACCACCGUGCUGCUGCCAGAGGAUUUCAAAGACCUCACCCUGGGGCUGCUGGGAAAGAUGAACGGUGACGCCAGCGAUGACCUCAUCUUCAAAGACGGCCAACGGGUGCAGAACCAGAGUAACCCGAAGGAGCUGUUCGACUUUGGGGCGAGCUGGGCCGUCUCCAACGCAUCUGCCUUGUUUACAUACGACUCACGCCACCUACUGGACACCUAUUACUUCUCUCCACGACAUGACCCUGAAUUCACCCCUGUGUUCUUUAUCCCUGAGAACCCAGACGAUCCACUAGGGGAAGUGGCCUCUGAGAUCUGCUCUGGAGAAGGUUCUAGUUUCUGCAGGUUUGACAUCCUGGUCGGUCGGAAUCCAAGGAUGGGGAACGCUUCCAGGGCGUCGUUCCAGAAUCACUUUUCACUCGUGGAUGAUUUAAAACCAGUGAUUUCCUGUGGUUGGCUCUCACCUCCGGAAAAUGGGAAGAAAGUGGGAACCACGUAUUUACAGGGAGCCAAGGUUCAACUGUCCUGCAGCGAUGGAUUCACCCUGGAGGGUUCCUCGGAGAGAGUCUGUCAGGAGGACGGCCGGUGGUCUGGAGAGGAGACCAGCUGCGUGGUUCCUAGUAACGUUGCUGGGAUCGUGGCCGGUUCCGUGGUAGGAGCCGCGGCCCUGGUCCUCAUUAUAACGGCCCUGGUACUUCACGCCAGGAAACAGAAAAGAAAAUCCAGAGGUUUAAAUGACACCACGUCCAGUGAAUCUUUGUGAUCGCUGCCCCGUCUCUGGACCUCGACACUAUGACGCACUGUCACUGUGGGGUUUUUAACGACAGAAAUAUUUAAUAGAUAAAUAAAUAAAGUCACUCCAACCGAAACACUGGACAGAAAUCCCACAAGUGAGAAAAACGUGUUUAUGUUUCAGUCGUUUUAACUGAACCUCAGUGUUUAAACUGGACAAAUCUCCAAAUUAAUGAUUUUUUAAAUUAUGUAUUAAUUAAUUAUUUUACACCUAUCAUUAUUAAUUUUAAGUAUUUUUUUAUUUUUCCUUUCUUUUUAAUUUUUCAAAUAUUGGUGUACCAUUAAAUGAAUAAAAUAUAUACGUGCCACAGUUUAGUGAUGUCUGAAUUUUCUAGGAAAUUAAAUGGACAAAUAAAGAAAUCAAUUUUAUUGAUUAGCUUUUAUAGAAUUAAACAUGUGUAAAAUUGUCAGUAAAGUUGUGUAUUUCACGUAUAAAAUAGUUUAAUUGAUAACAGUUCUUUAAUGAUCCUGGAUGUAAAAUUACUAUAUUAAAUAUACUUUA